AUGUCCCCUCCUGGCAGCCCUGCCUGCAGUGCUGAUAUAGAUGAAUGCAGCCUCCCUAACCGCCCGUGUUCACAGAAUCCGCUUGUGCAGUGCUACAACACACCAGGCUCCUACUCGUGUGGUCCCUGCCCCACAGGCUGGCAAGGAAAUGGCUACAGUUGCCAAGACAUUGAUGAAUGUGAAAGUAAUAAUGGAGGCUGCUCAACAGCGCCGAUGGUUCGAUGUAUCAACACAAUGGGAUCCUUCCACUGCGGGCUCUGUCCACCAGGUUACAAGGGAGAUGGGCAAACAUGUACCCAGGAUGAUAUCUGCUCAAUAAAUAAUGGAGGGUGCCAUCCCUUGGCUAAUUGUACCUCAGCUCCAGGGCAAAUGCCAUUUUGUUCCUGCACAUCUGGGUACACUGGAAGUGGAUAUGGGCCAAAUGGGUGCUCUCCUCUCAGUGAUAUCUGUCAGCUGCAAAACCCUUGUGCAAAUGGGCAGUGCUUGGCAAUGAUCUCUGGCUAUUUCUGCCUGUGUAACGCGGGCUGGACAGGCCCUAAUUGUACGGAGGACAUUGACGAAUGCGUUAGCAACCCGUGCCAGAAUGGGGGCAGCUGCACCGAUGGGGUCAAUGGCUACUCCUGUGAGUGCACCAGCGCCUGGACAGGACCACAGUGCCAGACUGCCCAGCAAGUUUGUGGAGGAUAUCUCUCAGGCUCCAGCGGGACUUUCAGUUACCCUAACAACCCAAACAGCCAGCGGUACAACAGUGAAGUCAGCUGUGCUUGGGUUAUCCACACUAAUCCCAACAAGAUCCUGCGUAUUAUGUUCCCAUUCUUCCGGUUGGAGACAAGUAAUGACUGUAACUCUCACUUCCUUCAAAUCCAUGAUGGGCUUUCAGCAUCAAUGCAUAUGCUGGGAAAAUACUGUGGCUCCUCACCUCCUACAGAGCUUUUCAGUUCCCACAACUCCCUGUAUUUUUGGUUCUACUCAAACCACGACAUUACGGCUGGAGGUUUUACUGUUCAGUGGGAAUCUCGGGAUCCUGAAUGCGGUGGUGAGCUGAAGGGUACUUACGGCUCUAUAAGCUCUCCAGGAUACCCUGGUAACUAUCCUGUAAAUAGAGACUGUUCCUGGACCAUCUCAACCAGUCCUGGCCUCCUCAUCACAUUUGCUUUUGGCACACUAAGCCUAGAACAUCAUGAAAAUUGCAGUUAUGACCAUUUAGAGAUUCGAGAUGGUCUUCUUCCACAAGACCCCAUCCUUGGUAAAUACUGCAGCACUAGAUCUCCACCCCCACUCCAAACCACUGGUCCGUAUGCAUGGAUUCACUUUCACUCUGAUAACUUAGUUACUGAUAAAGGCUUCCACAUCCUCUAUACAACAUCUCCUGCAGAUCCAAGUUGUGGAGGAAAUUACACGGAUAGUGAAGGGGUUAUCAUGUCCCCUUUCUGGCCCAACCCUUAUAUCAACAACCGACAGUGUAUCUACAUUAUCAGACAGCCAGAAGAUGAAAAAAUAUACCUCAGCUUCACCCACAUGGAGCUGGAGAGUGACACUGGUUGUUCAUCGAAUUAUAUUGAGGUUCGAGAUGGUGACAGUGAGAUGUCUUCCCUUAUUAGCAAAUUCUGUCGUAGUACACUCAUGUCUCCAAUCACUUCUACCAGCAACAGUCUCUGGAUCAAGUUCAAAUCUGAUGCUUCUGUGCAAAGGGCUAGCUUCAGGGCCAUUUACCAAGUUG